AGGGUUCACGAGCUGCGCCAUAUGCCAAUGGCUAUCAAUGCAAUAAAUCACCGAGGUCCGCCCCUUUACAAGCUGAAUCCGCUCCGUGUUUUGAACGCAAUCCGCCCCUUUACAAGCUGAAUCGACUCCGUGUGUUCAACGCGGUCCGCCACUUUACAAGCUGGAUCGACUCCGUGUUUUGACGGGGUGCGCCCCUUUACAAGCUGAAUCCACUCCUUGUAUUCAACGCGGUCUGCCUCUUUACAAUCAUAAUCCACUCCGUGUUUUGGAAGCGGUCCGCCACUUUACAAGCGGAAUCCACCCCGUGUUUUGAACACGAUCCGCCCCGCAGCUUGCGGCUCCCCUCCGAGCUUCUCAAGUUUCAAUCCGUCCAUCGUUAGCGCGCUGAGCCUCCCGCUCUUCUGCGCGUGUGUGUGUGUAGUCAGGCAGAAGCACGCAGUUGCAUACUCUGAGGCGGGGGUCUUAUUUGGGAAACGACCGGAAAAUCCCACACGUCGUACCGGAGCGGUGAGCCGUCGUGUCUGCCUCGUUUCCGUCCAUCUCGGGCCAGGAUGUCGGGAGACGCCGAGUCGUCCGGGUUCUCGAGCGAGGAGGUGCUGAACCUCCGCUUCCCUCUCCACCGCGCGUGUAGGGACGGGGACGUCGGCGCGCUGUGCGAUCUCCUCCGGUGCGUCACGAGCCCCGCGGAGCUCGCGGCGGAGGACUCGUUCUACGGCUGGACGCCGAUCCACUGGGCCGCGCACUUUGGACAGCUGGAGUGCGUGAUGCGUCUGGUGGCGGUGGGCUGCGGUGUGAACGCGGUGACCUCGCGCUUCGCCCAGACCCCCACCCACAUCGCCGCCUUCGGGGGUCACCCCGCCUGCCUGCUGUGGCUGCUGCAAACCGGGGCGGACAUUAGGAAACAGGACUAUGUGGGAGAGGCCCCGGUCCACAAGGCUGCCCGCGCGGGCAGCCUGGAGUGUGUGAGGGCUCUGCUGACGCAGGGCGCCCAGGCUGACCUGAGGAACGCCAGCGGGCUGACCGCGGCCGACCUAGCCCACGCCCAGGGCUUCCGGGAGUGCGCUGAGGUCCUCUUCAACGCCCAGAACAUCCAGAGGAACCUAACCCCCGCCCAGGGCCCGCUGGGGGGGUUCGGCCUGAAUGGGUCCGCCCACAACGGGGACCACGCCCUCCAGGGGCGCAGCUUCCUGUCCGCAGCCCCGAACAGGAAACGGUCGUUUGAUGGCAUGGAGGACAGUCAGUUUAAGAAGCCAAGAACCAACGGCUUCGGCGCCCCCCCAGGACUGCUGAACGGAGGAGGCGCUGGAGAGGACCUCAUGGAGAGCAUGCUGGAGGAGUCCUCCUCAACCUCAGGUGGGCCCGCCCCCUUUACCUUCGGGCCCUUGGCCCCGCCCCCCGGGCCGGACCAGAGGGAGGACUGGGCCCCCGCCGCGCCCCGGGAGCAGGAGAUCAUCACCGUGGGCGCCAUGCAGACCCCCUGCCGCUGCACCAACUCCUACGCCUACCUCUAGGGGGCGUAGCUCUGGAGGGCGAGGCGCCCCCUCUGGAGGGUUAGCACCUAGCUUCAGAGGGUUAGCACCUAGCGUCAGAGUUAGUGCCUAGCUUCAGAGUUAGCGCCUAUCUUCAGAGUUAGCAACCUAGCUGCAGAGUUAGCGCCUAGCUUCAGCGGGUUAGCGCCUAGCUUCAGAGGGUUAGCCGGCCGUGGUGUUGUAGUGGCUCGUCUAGGGGUUUACUUUGUUGCUUUGGAAUAGAGUUGUGUCACAAUGGGUUGUCCACCUUUUCUUAAGAUGAGUAAUAUAUUAUUCUCCUUCGAGGUUCCUCGUUUGUUAGAUCUGUUGGUCGGUGUUUUGGUCAAGGUUAUAAAAGUUGUAUAAAAGAUUUUGGUUGGUAAACAGAAAUGUUUGUUUUCUUGCACAUUUACAGGAACAUGAUAACCAGGGAUGUGUAGACCAGUGGGUCAGGAGUUUGUGAUGGCUGUAAACAUAUAGGGCCCAAAUUCAUGCAUCUACACAAGUAAAACUUAGUUUUAAAAGUUUCUCAGAAGGGAGGGUUUGUGUGUUCAGUGCCUUGUUACCCUUGGUUCACAUCCAUUCAGGGGAUUUCUCGUUAAGCUUUAGCCUGACAAUUUCCUUCUCAUUUGUUAGAGGAGAGUUUCACUAUAAGCCAAAGCUAUAAUGAAUGUUAUUAAUCAAGAUGAGCUACACUGAAGCCGUCCUCGGUGUGGAGGUUCAGGCUGACGCUUCAAUGUGCAAAUCUGGUGUAAAGAUGGUAGCUGGAGUUCUACUGUUGGCCGACGACAUGUGAGAUUAAUCGCUGCUCUUGUGACUCUUGAUGUCAUGAAUGACAGUAUAGGGAAGUUUAGCUCAUUGAUAUUGACGAUCUCAAUUCAGCUUUGACAUUUACAAAUGGAGGCUAGGUCAGGAUGUUCUGUCUCAUUAAACUAAUCGAGGCAUUUGUUAAAGGAACGUCCCGGGCUGAGGGAGGGGCGGAACUACGGUUUCUCUGAUGUGCUGAACCCAGGCAGGGGUUCGGGUUGAAGCUCUGAACCAAGAGCUCUCCUCACCCAGGGAGACGUUGAGGUCCUCCAGGGCCGGUCAGACCGCCUGGAGCCCCGGCUGUGGCCUGGAGCCCCGGCUGCGGCCUGGAGCCCCGGCUGCGGCCUGGAGCCCCGGCUGCGGCCCGGAGCCCCGGCUGCGGCCCGGAGCCCCGGCUGCGGCCCGGAGCCCCGGCUGUGGCCUGGAGCCCGGUCCUCCAGGCUGCGGUCCUCCAGGCUGCAGCCUGUGACAGUGUGUCACUCCAGCUCUGCCAGCUGUUCUGUACCGCGUGCCGUGACCGCUCCUCUAUAUUGUGGUUUUGUCUCAUCUCUAGUGGCAGGUGAAACACACUCUGGGGAUUUUACCUCAAAUGGCCACAGCCAGCGAGGGGGGGGGACCCCAGAGACCGGCGGGGUCCAGCAGCCUGCCUACGGGGACGAGGCUCCCAGUGCAGGCAGUCAGCUGGAGCACCAGACGUCGGUCAAGGCAGAGCAGUUUUAUGACCACGCGUUCUUCAGCACCAUGCUCCUCUACCACGGGUCAUGAGACCGGGUCUUCAGCAGCAUGCUCCUCUAUAGGCUCAUGAGACCGGGUCUUCAGCACCAUGCUCCUCUAUAGGCUCAUGAGACCGGGUCUUCACCUCACAACCACGCUAUGCUUCAUUUGUUAAAAAAAUUAAAAGGAACACAUGGAAGGGAAGGCUUGUAUUUCCAGAAUUUGCUGUUUUCAAUGUCUAUGUAUAUACUUGUUCUGUCUUUGUUAAGGUUUUUGUUAUUAGAACCAAUACCAUAAGUUCAUUGGUCACUAUGCUGAGCUUCGUUUUUUUUAAAUACACUUUAUUAACUUGUUUUAUUUGGGAACGAAUACGCAUCGAUGUAUUUAACCAAUGCCUGUACUCUGAUAAUCCUGUUUAAUUAAGGACUUAUGUAUUUUUCAGAUUUCUUGAUACAAGUUUGAUUGGAUGAUUGUCACAAUGCUCAUUAAUUACAAAUAAAGGGUUUGUGAAACUAAACCUUCAA